AUGAGCGAGUUUGAGUUACUUGGCAUCCACCAGUGGCUGUCAAAGCAGUGCGCCUACAUGGCGCUGCACCACCCCACGCCCAUCCAGAAACUUUGCAUUCCCGCGAUUCUCGCCGGCAACUGCGUGGUGGGAGGCGCGGCUACUGGAAGCGGUAAGACGGCGGCCUUUGCCCUCCCUCUGCUACAAAUUCUUGCUGAGGACCUCUACGGGGUGUUCGCGCUUGUGUUGACGCCGUCCCGCGAGCUUGCUUACCAAAUCUUGGACCAGUUUGUGGCACUCGGUGCCCCUUUGCACAUACGCCCCGCCAUCAUCAUCGGCGGCCUGCCGCACGAGCAGCAGCUGGACGCGUUAAAAGCCCGCCCACAUGUCGUUGUUGCCACCCCGGGUCGUCUCAAGUUUAUGUUAGAAAAAUUCCCAGAGGCCCGUAAAGCCUUUUCUCACCUGCGUUUCCUUGUGCUUGACGAGGCGGACCGACUGACAAGCGGCGACAUUGAGACGGAUGUGGCGGAGGUUGCUCGUCUGCUUCCUCCCGCGCGUCCCGAACGGCGUGUACUGCUGUUUACCGCCACACUGGAACAGCGCCUCACGCGGGUAGAGGAGGGUGGGUGGCUGGAGCGUCUCGGAAUGGCGCAUGGCGCCCAGCAGCUCCAAGUCUUCGCCACCAACACUCUGACAAACGUCGCGGCUGGCCACGGGGCAACAGCUGAGUCGUACGCCGUCGCCGAUUCGCUGCAGCAGCGAUACCUCUUUAUCCCCAACAUGGUGAAACUAGCCUACCUUGUUGCCUCCCUUCGAGCGGCGGGGACGGAGCAAUCCACCAUCGUCUUCACCAACUCCUGCAUGCGCUGUGAAGUAGUUCGACUGACGCUACAGCUGUUGGGAUUCCCUGUCUGCAGUCUUAACUCGAUCAUCUCACAGAAACACCGACUCGAUAAUUUGGCCACCUUCAAGCUUGGAAUUGCCCGUAUUUUGGUGGCAACCGAUAUCGCGAGUCGCGGGCUAGACAUCCCCGCCGUGGGCCUGGUGCUGCACUACGACCUGCCCAAGCAGGCGCCCACUUACUUGCACCGUGUGGGUCGCACAGCGCGUGCAGGUCGCGAGGGCCUUUCCGUCGCCUUCGUGACGGAGUACGACGUGGAUUUGGUGCGGCGUCUCGAGAAGAAAAUUGUGCACACCAUGUCGCUCUGGAAGGCCAAGGGUGUCAGUGAGAAGGAAGUGCUGAAGGUUCUCGAUGAAGUCUCUGCGGCGAAGGUGCAGGCGAAGCUACAGGUGGAGGAUCAGUUUGGGCGGCGAGUGAGCACGCUGAAGGCCCACGCGGCAGAAAAGCGAGCCCGCCUCGGGGAGCACGAGCAGGAGCAGGGCUCCAUCAAGGCAAAGCCCGGGAAACCGGCCCCGUUGCGCUCCACACCGGACGCAGUCCCCGUCAAGGGGCGCCCAAAAACAAAGCGAGAAAAGCCCUCAAAGAGGCGGCGGAGCGACGACGUGUAA